GUUGAAAAUAAACGAGUAAAUAAGUUAAACGGAUGCGCGGCGUUACGUUGUGAAGUGGAAAAUUUAUUUCAUUAAAUUUACAUGUUUUCGUGUACAAAUAAUUUACAAAUUACCGGAAUAAGUGAAUUUGAUAAGUUUUAAUCGUGCAAACAAUAAAAUUAUAUGAAUAUUUAAAAUUCUAUCUCGCAAAAAUAUAGUAAUACGGUGCAGUGGAAAAAUUUUCGUUGUGCGCGUUGUUGUGAAUCACGUAUAUAGAAUAACAUUGAAAGCGCAAAAUAAAUUUGACGUAUUAGUUCGGAAUAUCAGAAUUGCGGAGAAUUUAAUACUAGCUAUUUCUUAAACAAAUAAAUAACAAUGUCUGAAGUUGCGAAUAAUAGUGAAAUUCAGCAGAACACUGUACCAGUUGAACAGACGAUUGUUGAAACGGGGGAAACGGUGUCGGCAAGCGCGCCCACGUCGACUGAGGCAGAGAUAUCAACUGCGACCGAAAAGCAAGUGGUCAACGACAGCAUUGAAGCUGAAUGUGCGUCAGGCGAUGCGGGCACCAGCUCUGUGGAGGCGACCAAACCAACGGAGUCCUCACCAAAAGUGGAAAGCAAGAAGACACCCGUGAAACGGACACCUUCAAAGCGGAUGUCUUUCAUAGAGCGGGCGCAAAAAGAAAGUGAAGAGCUUGUUAAAAAUAUGGGCGGCAGUUUGGAGUUAGAUGGUGGUCGACGCACACGAUCAAGCACACGUGGUACACCAACCCGAUCUUCAGCAGCGUCCACUCCGCCUCCUGCGAAAAAGGCGCGCACGUCUCCGGCAAAUGCCAGCAGCACUCCGUCCCGUGGUCGUGGACGUGGGAGAAAAAUUGAAACAUCCGAAGAAUCAGAAGAUGCCAAAGAGGUAGCGGAGCCGAAAGCGAUUAAAACACCAGAAAAAUCAAAAUCGCCUAAAAAGAAACAAGCUCCUGCAGACAAACACAACAACACAUCGAAAGAUUCAGCUGAGCCUGAGCCUGUGGCUGAAUUAUCUGUGUCAGUAGAGGUUGCUGAAAAGACUACCGAAAACAAAGAAGAAGACGUAGUGGAAUCCUUAUCAAGUGUGGAGCCCUCUGAGGAGCAAACAGAUGGUAAAAUCGAAUCAGAAACUAUUGCAGAAGAUCAACAGAGCAAAGACCAAGACGUUAUCGCUGUAGAAGCGGAACAAGAGGUAUCAGCUAUACCUAACGAUAGUGAAACAGCAAUGGACACAAGUGAGCCUGUAGUGGUAGAAAACCCAAUAGAUGCAGCCGUAGAUACGGAGCCAAUUAAGCCAAAAGAAACUACAGAUGUUGAAAUUGUUGCAGAAGAAACCACAGAAUCAACCACCGAAGAAACAGCAACAGUCAUGGAAACAAAGGAUUUACCCUCUGAAGCAAUGGAAGUCGAUUCUAAUUCAAAAAGCAGUGAUGUCGAGCUAAUUGAAUCUACACCUGCUACAAUCGAACCAACCUCAAAUGCGGAAGAAACUUCUGCGCCGCUUGACGAAGCCAAAAUUAGCCAGGAAACGGUAACUGUAGAAGAAAACACAAUAGUCCAAGAGCCUGCAGUUAAAGCUAAUGACGUUGAGGAUGUGGUAGUCGUCAAUGCAGAAGUUGCUCCACAAGCGCCGGUUGCUUGUGAAGUGGGGAGCUUAGCACCGAAUACAAACGCGUUAACUGCAAACAAUGAAGCUUGUGCCAAUAACGUAAAAGAAGAUGUGGCUGUCGAAAACCCCGCUACUGUUGAAGUUGAAAAUUCAGCAAUAGAAGUAAAUGCCAACAAUGAUGAUGGUGUAAAGCCAGAAAAUGAGUUGUGUGUACCAAAAGUCGUGUCGCCAUCAAUAACUAAUGCAAAUACGGAUAGCACCGUGGCCACGAUUUUGUAAAUGUGAAAUACAUAUACAAACAUCGACUUCAACAUUUAUUACAAUAGUUAACCGUUAUAAUGCCACAAAAGGCAAACACCGUUAAACCACCACAAUAUGAACGCAGCAUGAAUAUAUUUGCAAUUGUGGAGUGGAGAAGUAUACAAAAAGAUGAGGAGUAAUAGUUGCCGAGUUGACAAGCCAUUUAGUUAUGCACGAAUGUCUACCACACAACCCGCCUGAAAUACUGAAAUAUAUUUAUGGACGUUUAGUUUUAUAUUUGUUUUCAUACUUUUCUUAGAUUUACUUCUCUAUUUUCACUGCAGAAAUUUAAAUGGACAAAUUUUAAGCAUCAACGGAUAAGAUUUAAUUAAUAUGUCGCGCUACAUAUACAUUUUUUUAAUUGGACUACAGAAACACAAUGUAUAAUAAUAUAUUAUAUAUAUAAUUAUAUGCAAAAAUAAAAAUCUACAACUAAUUUAGAUUAUAAUAACAAUUCAAAACAAUAAAAAACAUAAACAAUCAUUUAUUGUUUUUAUUGCAAAGUUUACAAAAUGCAGUACAUUUUAUAAAAUCGAUAAAAAUCAAAAAAAAAAUAAAAUAAUAAUAAUAAUAUAUAUAUAUAUAACUGUGUAUGUAACAGUGGACAAAUAUGUGUGUAUGUGAAAUUUUUUUUUAAUUGACUCAAAAUUUUUUGCAAAGAAAAUGAAUUUCUAUAUAAAUAAAAUGUAAGGUAAUGCUGUAUAGUAAAAGGUGAAUAUCAAGAGCAAUAAUAUAUUAACAUUAGAAUAAAUAUAUGCAUGUGUAAAAAGUUUCGGAAAGCUUACUACUUUCAACAAAAGUUUCUACCGUAAACAAAUUGUAAUGUUUUUGUUUGGAACUGCUAAAGAGUGGUAUUUUAGGUUAAUAGUGCUUUUGAAAGUUUAUUCUUGAAAGUGUUACAAAGAAUAACACCGCUUAAAUUGUAUGUUUACUACAUUUCAAUAUAUGUACAUACAUAUGUAUAAAGUGUACAUUUUUACAGAAUGAAAUGUGCAACGAAAUAAUUUAAAAAUUUUAAUAAUUUUUUCCUUUCAGUGAAAAUUUAAAUGGUGUUUCCAAUUAAAAAGCAUUCGACACAUUCUUAUAUAAUAAAUUUUUUGCAAGGCAAAAUAAUCUUUACAUUUUCAAAGUGGCACAAUUGUUAGUAGUGCUGGUAAAAUGUAUAUGAACGGAAAAACAAUAAAAAAAAAUAAAAUCCACCAGCAAAAUAAACUUAAUUCUCGUAUGGGAUUUGGUAUAGUCUAUUUUUUUCGAAAA